AAACUUAAUUCCUAAAAAGCCCCUUCAAGUGAUGAGCUAGCCAUGUAUUUGAGCAGUACAAAACAAAUAGUUCAGACAUUAUCGGCAAACGAAGAAUACGACAAAAAUCUAACGUCCCGAUUAAAUGAAGCAGCUGAAAAGCUGGAGAACCUUGAGGUCCAGAUGAGAUAUACAAGCCUAUCAUUAUUGGACAUCCAAUCUUUGACCGAAGGUUUAAACGGGUCCUUUGUGAAACACAUCGAAGAAAAAAUUAAUGGCGUUUAUGAAAAGUUAACAAAUUCAUCUAAGAGAGUGGCAUUCACCGCUGGUGUGACGUCUGCUAGCUACUCAUGGAGCAGUGGUACCUUAAUGUACUAUAAAGUUAUCAACAACGUGGGAGGGGGUUAUAACCCCAACACCGGAAUCUUCACCGCACCGGUAGGAGACUACGUGUUCUACGUCAGUAUUCAAGGUUACGAUACGAACAAUAUAUACAUAGAUAUUGUGUUGAAUGGAUCUAGUAAGGUCCGAGCAGUGGCUUACAGUAAUUCAAGAGACCAAUAUGACGUGGGUACAAACUUUGUAACAUUACGACUACGGAAGGGGGAUACGGUGUGGGUAAGACAUUACCGUGGUACAGGUUAUUGGACAGACAGUGACGCACCUCGCACCACGUUCUCCUAA